AACCGAGGCUCGCGACAACACAACGCACAAUCACAACCGCCAGUUCGCGAGAACGGGAGCUCGGAAGAACGGGACUGAGGAACCGAGAACGGCGAACGGAGAAUUGAAAACGGAGAGUGCAGCGAUCGAUAGAUUUCCCACACUUGCUAAACAUUUCGUAUAGCUCUCGGUUAAAGGUUCAAAGUGAUGUGAGACGAAAAACAACGCAGUCGAAAAAGAAAGCAAAAGGCGGUGCGAAGCAGAGCGGCUGGGAAUAAAAUGAAACUGGGAUCGCGGCACCAGCAACAAGUUUUAGUGGUUUUCCUUUGUGUGUCUCGUUCGUGUUUGCUGCUCUGCGCUUUGCUCGCCCCAUUCGUCGCCGACUUUUAUUUUGUUUUGUCCAUUUUAUCACCUCCAAAAAAGCGCAAGGCGAGCCGAGCUGCGUUAAGGUUAGCUGAUCUGAUCGGAUCCGAGUGCAUAGUGCAUGCAAAGUCGCGGGCUGUGCUCUCGUAGUUACACAACCCACAUGGGGCACAAAAGCCCGCAAAAGCCUCAAUAGAAACAAAGCGGGUAGCCAAGCAUUUUGCCGCCGACCAUGGCCCCCACUACCAGCCCACCCGGCCCCGCGCCUCCCAAGCUGGCCAAGUUCAAGUCCUCGUCGCUGGACCACGAGAUCUACACGGCAAAUCGUCGCGGCACGAUAGCCACAGCCUCUAGCGACUGGAAGGCCCUUCGCGGAAGUGGGGGAGGGGGACAUGGAAUCGGACCCGGUAACAAUCCAUCCAACGGACGGUCCCUUCACGCCGGCGGAGCUAUGACGCGGGCCGCCUCCACAUCCUCGCUGGCCAGCAGCACGCGCACCAUGACCAACUACCAGGAGUACAAGAUGGAAAUUAUCAACCAGGGGAAGUGCUUGUGCGGCCAGUACAUAAGAGCCCGACUGAGACGAGCCGGAGUGCUCAACCGGAAGGUGACACAACGGCUGCGGAAUAUCCUGGAUCCCGGCUCCUCGCACGUGGUCUACGAGGUCUUUCCCGCGCUCAACAGCAUGGGCGAGGAACUGGAGCGCAUGCACCCCCGUGUGUACACAAACAUAUCCCGACAGCUCUCCAGGGCCCCGUUCGGGGAGCUGGAGGACAGCGACAUGGCCCCCAUGCUGCUUAACCUGGUGGCCAAGGACCUGUUCCGCUCAAGCAUCACGUGGGGCAAGAUAAUCUCGAUCUUUGCCGUCUGCGGCGGCUUCGCCAUAGACUGUGUGCGCCAGGGCCACUUUGACUACCUGCAGUGCCUGAUAGACGGGCUGGCUGAGAUAAUAGAGGAUGACCUGGUCUACUGGCUGAUCGACAACGGCGGAUGGCUGGGCCUCUCGCGGCACAUCCGGCCCCGGGUCGGCGAGUUUACGUUCUUGGGCUGGCUCACUCUGUUUGUGACCAUUUCGGCGGCCGCCUAUAUGGUGUCGAGCGUGUGUAGACGCAUCGGCUCUCAACUGUAUUCGCUGCUGUUCUAACCUUGCCCAGGAGGGUUUCGUUUUAGAUGUAUAUUCGUACCAUUUAGUCAGUGAGCGCUUCGAAUCAUUCCUGCUUCCAUGGACAUCGAGUCGUAUAGUUGUGUGCAAUGCACCCUGUUUUACGUAUAAUAUUGUUAUCCAGAUUCUUCUUUUUGUACAUACAAGGCUAACCUAGUGCCAGGCGCAAUAAAGCGUGUGUUUUUAACAA